AUGGUCCUCCAGCGAUUCGCCAUCCCCGCGGCCAAGCUGCUUCGCAGUAGGAGCCACAUCGUCCCCGGACAGCUCCUCGUCACCGAGCACUUCUUCCAAGUCCCCCUAGACUACUCCAACCCGUCUUCUGGCUCCAUCACCCUCUUCGGCCGCAGCGCAACCAAGCAUGAGACUCCCAUCUUCCCUCCAGACGAGCUUCCCGCUCCCAAGCCGUGGCUCGUCUUCCUCGAGGGCGGCCCCGGCUUUGGAAACCGAGAGCCUCAAGACCACCCGCUGACCCGGACGGCGGUGUCUCACGGCUACCAGGUGCUUUACCUCGACCAUCGCGGCGUUGGUUUGAGCACACCUGUGUCUACGGCAAUGCUGGCUCGCCUUCCGGGUGGUGAUGGACCCAGCGCCGUCGACGUCCAGGCCAGCUAUCUGAAGCUCAUGCGCCAGGACAACACGGUGCGGGAUUGCGAAUCGAUCCGCAAGCUCCUCACCGACGGCCUGCCUGAGCACAAGGCCCGCUGGUCUAUCUUCGGACAGUCCUACGGCGGCUUCGUCUCCAUCUCGUACCUGUCUCUCCAUCCUGAAGGCCUGCGCGAGGUCUAUCUUACCGGCGGCUUGGCCCCCGUUGGCAAAACCGCUGACCAAGUCUACGAGGCUACUUUCCGGAAAACCAUUGAGCGUAAUGCGCUGUACUACAAGAAGUUCCCAGAGGAUGUUGAGGCGUUGCGCCAGAUAGCUACGUAUAUCGAAAAGGAAGGCGGGCGGCUUCCUCUGCCCGGAGGUGGCUUCUUGACUGUGCCUCGUCUACUGACCCUCGGCAUUGCCCUUGGCUUCCACGGUGGCUUUGAUCAGAUACACGCCAUACUGCUCCACCUCAAGUCUUCUCUCGACCAGCUUGGUUUCCUCACGCGAGCCUCUCUUACUCCCCUCGAGAGCUUCACAUCCUUUGAUACCAACAUCAUCUACGCUGUCCUGCAAGAGGCUCUCUACUGCGAUGGACCCGGUAAUGCUUCUAACUGGGCUGCUCAGCGUGUGGGCCAGUCCCUCGAACAGUUCUCCUGGCUCAGCAAGGACAACGACUCCAUUACCUCAUCCGUGGCUCCCGACCAGCCGAUCCUCUUCUCCGGAGAAAUGGUCUUCCCCUUGCACUUUGAAACUUACCCCGAGCUGAUCCCCCUGCGAGCUGUCGCCGAGAAGAUCGCCAGUACAAAUGACUGGCCGGCGCUGUAUGACAUUGAUCAGCUGCGCAGGAACGAAGUCCCCGUCUAUGCCGCCUCGUUCAUCCACGACAUGUACGUGGACUAUGGCCUUGCCAAGGACACCGCAGAUCUAAUUCCGGGCGUAAAGACGUUUGAGACAAACGUCAUGUACCACAACGCCUUGCGGGCAAAGGCUGAAGAAGUUAUACAACACUUGUUUAGUUUGAGAGAUGACGUGUUGGAUUGA